UAUCAACGUUAUUGGUCUGAAUUAUAUGCUGUAUUUAUUCUUCAUCUGCUUUGUUCCUGGUGGGGCUCCAAGAUGCUUAAACAUAAGAGUCAUCGUUCCCGGAAGCGUCGGCGUAAUUCUCGCGAUAGAUCGCGCGAACGGUGACCUCGGAAGUCGCUCGCGCGAACGUGAUUUGGAGGUUAGGCCGCGAGCUUCCUCACGCGAUGCUUCCCUCUCGUCGGGGACGGAUCUCGCCACUAUCUUGCACGAUAUUUUGGCCUUCAGGAAGACCCAACGGGCUUCCGCAUCUCUGCCUGCCGACGACGUCCGGUCUGUUCCCGUCGCUGCGGUGCCGGUCGCUGGCCCAACCUUGGUGGACGAUGCUCUCAUCGCCGUUCCAGAGGACUCGCAGGCAGAUGAGCAUCCGGUUCUUGAAAACCGGGGCGGCGUACCAGCGGGCCAGCCUCUGCCAGCCACUGUCUCCUUCGCCGAGUUUUCUCCACUCCCUUUGGAGCUAGACGAUAUUCUCAUCGACGUUCCAGAGGACUCGCAGGUAGAUGAGCAUCCGAUUCUUGAGAAACGGGGCGGCGUACCAGCAGGCCAGCCACUGUCUCCUUCGCCGGGUUUUUCUCCACUUCCUUUGGAGCUAGACGACUCCGAGAAGGAGAAUAUGUCGUCGUUGGCGAAUGAACUCUUCGGCCCUCCUGCUGCUGCGUUUGAAACUUCAUGGGACCCACUCAUCCUCACUUCUACUUGCAGUGAGAUUUACUCCGGCCUGAAGGAGGACACUCGCGCGGCUCUGCUGUUUAGCUUCAGGGAGAGCUCCUGCAGCUAGGUCCUCCCAAACUUAACCAAGAGCUUGUUUCAGCACUCGGGAAACGCUUAAGCGUUCUAAAACGAGAUGAGCAUCAGACGCGGGAUCAACAGCAAGUUGGCGCUUGUCUUAACGCAAUUGACUCAGGGUUUUCGGAUCUUCUACGCCAUUUUCAGAGUCUAUCGCAAGAUGCCCCUGUGAAGGAUGCCCUCGCAAAAAUGGCGGAGGCGAUUCAUCUUUUGGCGAACCACCAGUUCCGCCUCUCAUUAGUCAGACAAGCUUUCAUCAAGCCGUGCCUCACUUUUGUCGGCAAAUCAGCUGUGGACCACUCGAUUAUUGACGAAUGGCUAUUUGGCUCACCACUCGCCGAACAUCUCAGAUCUGCGCAAGCCUGUGAGAAAGCAGGACGAGACCUCUCGAAAUCGCAGAUGACCUCCUUGACGGCGGCAGCUCACAAUCAUCCUCAGCCGCCUCCAGUGCGUCGAGGGAACUUGCGGGCCCCUGCUCCACGGGUGACGACUGCGGUUCGCAAGUCAGAGGCCGUACCGAAGCUAAACCGCCUCCGGGGUUAUCGCCCUCGCUCUCGCUCCCGGACUAGACGUUGACAAAAGUAAGAACUGGGGGCCGAUUGGCUGUUUUUCAGUCUAUGUGGGAAAAAGUGACCAGCGACCCGGAAGUCCUGGGUGCCGUGAGUGGAUACAAUAUCCCGUUCGUGUCCCUACCGCCACCUCGGGUAUCACUAUCAGAACCCGUUUUCUCUCAGACUGUUGCGGCGGCUUGCGAUGCCGAAAUUUCACGUCUGCUCUCCAAAGGAGAGCUAUAGUUAUUACCUCUUCUUCCCCCGACCAAUUCUUGUCGAGUUUUUUCCUCGUCAAGAAAGCGUCGGGAGGUAUGCGCUUUAUACUAAACCUCAAACAAUUGAAUACUUAUCUGUCGCCGCCGCAUUUUCAGUUAGAAGACUGGCGUACAGUUGUGCAGUUGAGGACUCAGGACUCGUGGCUGUCGACCCUCGAUUUAGAAGAUGCAUAUCUCUUAGUGCUCAUUGCGACUCACUGUCGCCGUUUUCUGCGCUUCCAAUGGCGUUCAGUCACUUACGAAUUUACCGCGUUACCUUUUGGACUUUCUACGGCGCCAUACAUUUUCACCAAGCUCUUACGACCCGUCAUGGCCCGUUUACGUGACCAAGGUUUUGUUCGGUUGUUUAUCUGGAUGAUUUCCUCUUUUUCGACGCCUCGAGAGUCGACUGCCUUCGUAACCUGACUGCAUCUCUGUCUUUGCUUACGUCGCUCGGUUUUCUCUUUAAUUAUGAGAAAUCCUAACUUGUACCUGCACAACAUUGCCACUAUCUCGUUUUUAUUUUCGACUCAGUAUCGCAAUUUAUCGCGAUCCCUCCGACACGCCGAGAUGCGCUACUUCAUAUGAUCUCUCGAUUUUCUACGAGGUCCCACUGUUGCAUAUGAGACUUCGCAAGCAUGAUCGGCUCCCUUGCAUCCGUCUGUCCCGCGGUAGAAUAUCGCCUCUUACACAUCAAGGAUUUCGAGCGUGAAAAGUUUCUCGCCUUAGCGCGUUCUGGUGACAGUUAUGCAGCCACAAUGCGUCUUCCUUCUCAUCUUGAACGUGACUUCCGAUGGUGGUUUUCCAUUUUUUCUAACCCCCAUCAGGCUAAGACUAUACGUUCCGGGGUCGCUACCCGCGAAAUCUCUUCGGACGCCUCUCUCUCCGGCUGGGGUGCAUCGUGUGGAUCACGUCAUACCCGUGGCUGGUGGUCGGCGUCUGAACGGUCCUGUCAUAUAAAUUUUCUUGGACUCAAAGCUGUUUUUUAUGCUUUGCAGUGCUUUGCAGCAGAUCUUCGAGACUGCGAGAUUCUCCUUCGCGUCGACAAUACUACGGCUAUUGCCUAUAUCAAUCGUUUCGGCUCGGUGCAAUACCCGCACCUUACAUUGUUGGCGCGGCAAAUCUGGACCUGGUGCGAAGACCGUAACAUCUUCAUUUUUGCCUCUUACAUUGCUUCUAUUCGUAAUACCAUCGCUGAUAGCGCAUCAAGAGCCGUCAGCGUGGACACGGAAUGGUCAUUGUCGCACGCCGUUUUUUCGAAGAUCUUGACUGCAUUUGGACCUUUUGACGUGGACCUGUUUGCAUUUUGCAUUAUUAAUGCAAAAUGUUCCUCCUACGUCUCGUGGUUUCCUGACCCAGGCUCUGUGGCGGUAGACGCAUUUACACUAUCCUGGGCAGAUAUAAAAUUCUUCGCUUUUGCCCCAUUUAUUCUUUUACCGCGCGUCCUUAGUAAAAUUAUUAAUGACCGCGCAGAGGAGAUCGUAGUCGUCCCUUCGUGGCCAUCUCAAGCGUGGUUCCCUCUAUUCAAUCGUCUUCUUGUCGGGACGCCGCUCAUCUUCACGCCAGCUCCUGAUUUGCUCUCCUCUCUUUUCAGGGACUGUCAUCCGGCCUGGCGGACGCUUUCCCUGGUGGUCGGGAGCUUAUCCGGCUAGUUUUUCUUGACCGCCGGGUAUCACCCAGUGCGGUGGGGACUACUGUCGCUUCGUUAACGGACUCUACGAUUUGUCAGUAUUCUCGCCCCCCUUUGCUACUGGUGGUUUUAUUGUCACUCCUCGGGCGUCCCUCUGUUCUCACCAACUCCGGAGCAAUUUCUAGACUUCCUCGCUCGCGAGUUCAUGCGUGUCCGUUCGUACACUCGAAUUCGACACUCAAUAUGGCCCGUAGUGCCGUCUCUCUUAUCACAUAUAGCGAAAUUGGUAACCAUGCUCUUGUUAAACGUUUUUUGUAAAGGGGCAGGGAUGCUUAAGCCUCCCCGCCCCCGCUAUGAUUUUAUCUGGGAUCCAGCACCUGUCAUUGCUGAAGUUGGCCUUGCUCCUAGCUCUUGGCACAGGUCAACGUGCGCAAACGCUCACCUCAUUCCGCCUUUCGCAGAUAAUCCUGUCAGAAAAGAUUAUAAAAGUCCCGGAUCGUCUAAAGACUUCUGCGCCCGGACGUUCUCAGCCUUUCUUUUCUUUUUCUCCGUUCCCGGAUAACGCGAGUUUGUGUAUUUACUCCUUAGUCAAGCAUUAUUUACAAGUUACUCAGGACCUGCGUGUUUCCUCGGGCGAUUCCUAUUUUAUUUCUUAUGUACGCUCGCAUCGUGCCGUUGGCACCCAAACGAUCAGUCGCUGGCUGCGAGCGGGCCUUAGAGAAUGCGGCGUCCAAACUGAUAUGUUUACACCGCAUAGUACCCGUCACGCAUCCACCUCGUUGGCGGUGCAGAAGGGAGUAGCUUUAGAUAUAAUCAAACGUGCGGCCGGUUGGUCAGGCUCCUCCCAAGUUUUCGCACGUUUUUUACAAUCGUCCUAUCCUCCACUCGGAGAUUUUUACAAACUCCGUUCUUCGCGCUUAAGGCUCACGUUUAUUUUUCUAUUGUUGUUAUUCUGCGACUGCCUCCUUGCAGUUUAAUACGCCCCUUUACGGCCAGUUGCGCUAUUUUUUAUUUUAUUUUCUUUUCACCUCCCUCCUCUGCAAAUCGCUUUCUGAACAUCUACAGUAUCCAUCCGGACGAGACCACAGAGCUUAAUUAUAUAAGCAAACGAAUUCACCGAGUGAAGUUCGCUUGGAAUUAUGCUUGUGGUCUCGUCCGGAUGGACUUUCCCUCCCACAGUAUCCGCGUUUUUUCCCACCCGCGGUCUUCACAUUGAGCGAUUUGCUGUUUUCGUUCUGAAAAAUGAGAUGGUCCUGCGCGAGCGCGCGGGAGAACGGUGGCGCGUGCGAGUGCGCGGGAAAGCGGUGACGCGUGCGCCCCCUUUUUUCCUUCUUGACAGGGAUGUGGAUUGUUGAGAAGUGCGCGUACAGAAGACAUUACUACAGUAUCCAUUCGGACGAGACCACAAGCAUAAUUCCAAGCGAAUUUCAUUCGCGAUCCGUGAGAUCUGUAUGAAGCUCUGUAGUUCUGCAUGAAGAAUUGAUAAAUUAUAAUUGUGACAAAUUAUAAUCAAACACAGCAAGAACGAUAUUAAAUCGUAUUAAAAUAUUGUUACGGACGAUUAAUUUUUUGUUUUCAUUAAGAGUGAAUUUAAUUUAAAAUACACGGGCAAC